AUGGUUAUGAAAUCGACACAGCCGGGUGUCACUUCACACGUGGCGGCAUAUCCGCACUGCCAGUUCUUCGGGAUCAAAGACCCUUGUCAAGCUUCCUUGUCUACCGAAUCGCGAGAAUGGCAACUUCAAUGGGGUCAAUACAUCGAUAAAUAUGGCAGAUUCAGGCUCGAAAGUAUAUAUGGGAAAGUUCCGUUUGAUGAUUUCCUUGCAAUGCAGAACCUGAACGAGUAUGAGGCAGCUCUUCCAGAUACCGAACAAGUGCUAUCUAUACUGGGCUCUAGAGGGCUUCCCGUUGAGCUUGCUCUCGACAUCAUGGAAUUUGCCGACUAUAUACCCAAGAGAAAAUUGAAUGUGGCGCACGAUCCAUUUCACAGCGACAACAAGGAGCAAUUAGCCCAGUAUCUCAGUUACUGUUGGCAGUUAUUGGUCCGCUGUGAUAUGAUGGCUAAUGAGCUUAGCAUGAAAAUUGAUUGGGAAGAAACGGUCACCGACUGUAUAGGUCAGCUUUGGGAAGCGGAAGAAGCAAUGGGCCGUCAGAAAUUAACGAAAUUGAGCGAUGAUCGCGUAAUAUUUCGAUGA